AUGAAACUCCCUCGCCAGAACAAGCAGUUUCUGGACCGCGUGAUACGCUAUCGCAACAGUAGUGACAACUUGAACAAGGUAUUUUCCAACUAUGAGAAUAGCCUUCGCAAUCGGACUCGUCCUCGCAUCCUAAAGGGAGUCCACAAUGGCCAAUUCUUUCGAAUCCGUGUCCCACCGCGACAAACGGCUCCACAAUUGCCCAAGCUACCCAGCCCCACUCCACCCAUGCCCAAACCCUUGCAGUCGCUGCCACCCAAAGUCGAAACUGCUAGCAAUGUGACCACGGCAACGGCGGCGCAAUCCACACAGCAGACACAACAAGCACGAGAUAUACUGGAGCGGGCUUUGGAAUUUUUAAAACUCAAUGCUCCCGUGCUCAUUAUGAAUGCGGGAUCCCUCUGUACCUUGUUGGCAUUUACACGGACGGACGUGUUGGAGUUGCGGUCUCUCUCCGUCACGGGAUCCGUGUGUUUUAUCGUGUACAAUCUAUUUCAAGCCCCCAUCAAGUGGUUAAUGAUUGGUUGGACCAGUUUAUUUGCAUCCGUCAACACUUAUUUUAUCAUUCAAAUUGUGAACGAACGACACUCCCACGUCGAAAUGACGCCCCAACAAGAAGCCUGUUUCCAAAAAUACUUUGCACUGUACGGUAUAACACCCAAACAAUUCGAAGUCAUUGCCAACAAGGCCGAACAAAUUGCCGUGCCCAAAAAUUCACCCGUCAUCAAACAAGGACAAAAGAUUGAACAUGUCUAUUUGGUGGUGGAAGGAUCCACACGAGCAUCCAUUCUUGGCCGAUAUUUGACAGCGGCUUCUGCCACGCCACUGCAGGAUCAGCAUGACAGUAACAACAACAAUAACAAUAAAGGUAACAGUGGAACAUCCGGUGCCUGGGUGGGAGAAAUGGCAUUCUUGGAAGCCUGUUGGGAGAAAGAAAUGCAACAACAGCAAGAAAAAAAGAAGACCAAACAGAACAAGAACAAUUCACCUCCGCCCCCGCUCGCCGCCGCCCAUGCCAUGUAUACCGUCAUGGCACGAGAAGAUUGUAUUGUGUGGAGAUGGACGCACAACGACAUGGAACAGUUGAUGCGACGGUCGGGUGAUAUGAGAGAUGCCCUUACCAGAGCCAUGACCAGUGCCAUUGUGGGCAAAGUCAUCAACUUUACCGUCAGUCGAAGUAGUGCACGCCCCACCUGGCAAACGUGGCUUGACAAUUGGAAGGCACAACGAUCGGCCACCAUUGCCAACUAUCAGAGUGGCAACGACAAUCAUGACGAAGAUGAUGUAGAAGAAGAAGUUGGCGACAACAAUGACAACAAUCAAGAAGCGUCCAAGGACAACACGGUUGGAAGAGAGAGUCCCGCAUGA